AUGGCCCAGCAGGGACAACCGCAGCAGGUAGCACCAGCGGCACCGGCGCCACAACUGCCACACGUUCCACGGGUGGGAAAAGCCUUCAAUGUGCUCGUGAUCCGGGAUUACCUACGAAAGGUUCAGGCCUCCGCGCCUAACGUGCCCCAGGAUGACUCCUCCUACGCCGGUAGGAUGCUUGUAUCAUGCUUUACUUAUUGUUUGCUUGUAGGAAAGCCGGACUCUUCUAUCAUAAGAUUCAAUCAUCACCCGUCAACCAUGGCACAACAGGGACAACCGCAAACAGUGGCACCAGUGGAACCAUGCUGGAAUUACCCGAUCUAUCAGGCGUACCUCGCCCGGAUUGACCCGGCUGCGCAGCCCUACCGUAACGUCGUCGAUCACUUCUGGUUCAAUCUUCUACGCCAGUAUUUUGCUUUAUCGGAAGACUGUGCCUACGAGAGAUAUACAUGCACUAACCAUCCGAGACCCAGACGACAUUGGAAUGUCUUUCUAACCAACCUUCGUGAUCAACAAGCGCGCCACGUCAUCGCCAUCGAAGCGAGGUGGUUUCCGACCGACACCGCAUCCGGUUGGCAGAAUGACUACGACUGGACAGAUGUCCGGGAGACACUCCGAAGUCAUAUGCUCCGGGAUCAGACCAUGCGAACGACCAUGCAAACCACGUACGGUAUCGUGGCAGUUGGGGACCGGGUUCGCUUUUACUACAUGUCCAGGAACGAUUUGGAAGGUGAACUUUGCACCUGA